AUGGUCUCUGCCCUUUGGCCGAUGCUUGGAGAAGAGCGUUGUGGCAGGGUGGCCUUUCUGGACCUUGUCUCCAAUAUGGAUUUUCAUCGAUAUGUUUCAACAUUUGCAAGUGACGAUGAUUGUAAAGACUGGAAUUUCUUAAACUGUUUCCAGUACCUGAAAGAUUAUGCAGAAUUUCCAUUUACUUCAGACAGCAAACAAGAUAUCUUAGAUGCAUUUAUUAAAGUCUAA